AAACCCAUGAAUGAAUGAUCUCUCUCUUUUGUUUGUUAUAGAGAAAGGAACAAUCAGUUUCAACCUCCAAAAACCUGUUCCUUAACUUGCUUUUUCUUGCUUCUUAAUAGCCAAAAAGCCCAUCUCCCCAGGAGAGAAAACUUUCUGUUCUCAAUGAUCUCUAAUCAAUUCACACACCAACAGAAAUAUUGCAUGUCUCUCAUCACACGUCCUUUUAUUACUUCUCUUCCAAAUUAGAGACCUUAUAUAUCUACAUCUUUGCUCCAAAACAUGUCACACAACAACAACACCAACAACAACAACCCUUUGAAGAAGAAGCUAAUUUUGUUUCACUAAGGAAAAGCAUGUGCAGCAUCUUUGUCUCAACCAUGGACAACAAUUACCAAUUUGGAGAUUUAACUGACAUACUCAGGGCUAGUGGUGGAACUUCAUCAUCACCUGAACCACCUGCACCACCACAACCACCACAUCAUCAUCAAAAUCAUUGGCAUCAGCAUCAGAAUCAGCAUCAGCUUCAGCAUCAGUUCUCUUCUGAUCCUAUGAUUUUCAACAAUUUUGGUGAUCCAUUCUCAACCUUCAGAGAUCCUCUUCUUCUGCAAGACCUUGAUAUUCCUUCAGUUUCUUCCUACUUCAAUACUUCUACAACAGACUCUGGGGGUUUGGAACAAGCAGUUGUUGCAGCUAGUGGUUUUGGUGGUGUUAUUAGUGGUAAUAGUGCUACUAAUAAUACAAAUGUUUCUGCUUCUUCUGUUUUUGCUCACAAGGUGGUUGAAGAUAAUCAUGACAUGAUGAGGAGGCCUUGUAAGAACAUAUUCUCAAACAUGAUUCAGAUCUCUCCCAAUUGCAAUGCAAAGUUACCUGGCAGCUAUGAUUCUUCUUCAACUUCUUCCCCAGCCCCAAGGCCAAUUAAACCUUCUGCUGUGAUUUCACCAAACAUCAAUAUUAAUGCUGCUAACAACAACACUGAAGGAGUGCAGAUCUCAUCUCCACGGAAUCCGGGUCUCAAAAGAAGGAAGAACCAGGCGAAAAAGGUGGUUUGUAUUCCUGCACCAGCAGCUGCAAACAGCAGACAAACUGGAGAGGUAGUUCCUUCAGAUUUGUGGGCUUGGAGAAAAUAUGGUCAGAAACCCAUUAAAGGUUCACCUUAUCCCAGGGGUUAUUAUAGAUGCAGUAGCUCAAAGGGUUGUUCUGCAAGGAAGCAAGUUGAGAGGAGCAGGACAGACCCAAACAUGUUGGUUAUUACUUACACUUCAGAGCACAACCAUCCAUGGCCAACUCAAAGGAAUGCCCUGGCUGGUUCAACAAGAUCCCAACCAUCCAAGAGCAACAAUGCUGCUUCCAAGAGCUCAGAAAUCUUUGACUCCCAAAAGGGAACAUUAACAAAACCAAAGGAAGAGCAUGAGCAAGAGAGCAACAGUGAAGGCAAUAACUCCCCUAGUGUUGCAGCUGGUAACUCAUCAAACAGUGUGAAGGAAGAGAUGGAAGACAUGGAGAUGAAGCAACUUGAAAAUAUGGAAGAUGGAGAAUUCAGUGAUGGAAUUGGAAUCCCUUACAAGCCAUCUAUGAUUGGUAGCAACAACCAACAAUCUGAGGAUUUCUUUGCAGAAUUGGGGGAAAUUGAAGCUGAUCCAUUAAACCUUUUGUUCACACAAGGCUUUGGUCAUGCACCUGAUGAGCAUCAAAGAGAAUCCACCAAGGCCAUAGACCCAUUCCAUAUCUUUGAUUGGUCCAACACCACCAACACCAACUCAUUUGAUGAACCUAAUAAGAGAAGGUUAUAGCAAGACCUACUAGUGCAUGUUUGGAAAUCUAUAUAUCCUUACACUUUGAAGGCAAAAUUAAUCCUAUGGAGAAGCUUCUAUGAGUAAGACAUGAGUUUCUGAAAGAAGAUAAACUGAUCCAAACAUGCGACUAGUAGAAAAUUAGAGGAAAGACCUUAAUCAACCAAUUUAAUUUUAUUUGGUGGUGCAAAUUCUAUUUUCUCAUCUGAUUUGAUGAAACAUGUCAUGUGGGGCACAGGUUUGAGAGAUUUCCACACUUUUUUCUACUUAUUACUACUACCUUUUUUUUCUUGUUAUUUACCAGAACAGUUAGCAUUUAGCAGAGUGAAAAAAAGAAAAGAAAAAAGAGAGUGCUGGUUAAUUGGAAGCAAAGGCAAGUGAGUCCCACAUUCGUUUUGGAAUAUUGGUGGAUGGGACAGAAAGCUGAGGAACAGAAGGUUGCAACAGUUGAAACCAAGUACAUUUUCACUAUAUACAUCACAUGCACUCCAAAUCGAAAGCUCAGUGAGUAGAUUGAUGAAUGAUCAAAGGAUGGGACUAUACUAGCUAGCCAUUUCAAGUGGGGAAAAUUAUUUAAAGCUAUAGCCUCUAUCUCCCUUCUUUGCUCGUGUGAGUGAUGUGGGGCAAUUAUUGCUAUUGCUAUUAUUUUCCAUCAUCAUCAUGAUCAUCAUGAGUAGUGAGAGAUCAAAAGUGAAUGAAGAUCAUGGGUUCUGAGAUUAUAAGCUUGUUGCUGAGAUGAAAAGAAGACAAAAGGGUGAAAAUUAUAGUAUAAUAUAAAGCUUGACUUUUCAUAUCAAGUCACCUCUAGGGAUGUGCGACAUGAUGAGAGGGAAAAGAAGACAAAAGAAAAUGCAUGCUUUGGUUCCUCGGCUUUCUGUUUUUAAUUAUCCACCGACUCAUUGUUUUGAUUUUGAAUUCAUGAGAUUACUUUAUUUAA